AUGCUCCUUGCUGCUGUUACCCACCUGUGUGUGCUCUUCACAGUGGUCAAUGCUGCUUCACUCUCUCCUGGGACUUGCUCUGUUCCUGAUGGUCAGCAGUGGUUGGUUACAAGACUCCAGACACAGCUAGUGAACUCAGUCGUCCUGCAAAGCUCACCAGAUCCCAGCGUCCUGGUUGCUUUGAAUCUGGCUGAGGCACUCGAUCACUGCAUGAAAACACAGCUGAUUGAGAAGAUAACGGAAACAGUUGUUGAGAAAAACACAGAAGAGAUGACUUCUGGCAAAGUGGCCCUUUAUGUUCUAGCCCUCCAGUCAUCCUGUGAGAAUCCUGACGAUGUCACUACGCCAGAAAAUACUGUGAACUUGGUCAAUGUCCUAGAGGAAAAAACCAAAGAAGAGAUUAACUAUUUCUAUGACUAUGGGACUCUCAAGACAACCUACUACCAGCUGGCCCUGGACACCCUGGCACUGUGUGUGGAGAAAAGCCUGGAUGUUGAGGAAGCAAGCAUCAUCCUUGCCAAGGCAGCACUGGCCAAUGACUUGGAGUUUGGGGGUCAUUUUUCUGUAGAUACUGGGGCAGUAGCAAGCUUGGCACUGACAUGUGUGAGUGAAAUGAGCAAGAUACAGCAGAGUGAGCUUGUUGAAGUUAUUCAGGAAGCACUGGCUAAAAUCACAAAGCAAAUCCUGGGUGAACAGCAGAGCAAUGGCAUCAUUGGAAAUAUCUACAGCACUGGCCUAGCAAUGCAGGCCCUCAGUGUAACUUCUGAGUUUUACAGCCCUGGAGCAUGGAGCUGCGUGAAGACUAAGGAGAAAGUACUAAAUGAGAUCUCACUGGGAACCUUUAAUAACCCUGCUGCUGCUGCUCAGAUCCUGCCUUCUCUAGUGGGCAAAACAUAUCUGGAUGUGAGGGACCAAACUUGUUCCUCCGGAAGUGGUUCCACCAUCACAGUACAAUACACCAUAACCAACGACAUAGUAGGACCCAAUUUCAGCUAUUCUAUCACCGUGAAUGUACCUGAGGGCUCAGUGCUGCUUGCUGUCCUGAAUGCAGCUAAAUGUGCUAAACCAAAUGAAUUCAGCUUUCAAACAGAGCAGACCUCAUGGGGGCCAAUGGUUGUUUCUAUUCAUAAGAUCCAAGCCAGCACCAAUGAGAAGACAUACUGGCAGUUUUUAAGUGGUGAAACACCCCUUAAUCGAGGGGUUGGCGACUACAAGCCAGUGGACAGUGAGCACAUUGUGGCUAUCUUUAGCCGAUACUGA